CUUCCCUCUCUCCCCUCUCUCCCCCAUUCCGCCAUCGCCUUGGUGUCAGAUAGCGUUUGCCUUGCGAUCUGCUCCUGUCCGCCCCUUUUGACUUCGGGCCAGUUCCCAACAGCCCAGUCUUUGUUAUUAAUUCUACCCUUGUCGCCCCUGACCUUCGCUACUUUCGUUCUUUUGUCCUUCCGUACUUCGCCCCCCUCUCCGAUCUUAUUGCAAACAGGCCAGAACGAACUAUAAAAAGGAUGGCGACAAAAGCGGCCUUCAAGCGCCUUACUCGCGAAUACCAGAACAUUCAAAAGAACCCCCCGCCUUACAUUGUGGCACAUCCGUCGGAGUCCAAUAUACUCGAAUGGCACUAUAUUCUCACGGGACCCCCGGGCACACCGUAUGAAAAUGGCCAGUAUUGGGGUACCCUAAUGUUCCCUCCCGAGUACCCAUUUGCUCCUCCGGCUAUUCGCAUGCACACUCCUAGCGGUCGCUUUCAACCAUCAACUCGGCUAUGCCUCAGCAUCAGUGACUUCCAUCCAAAGUCAUUCAAUCCCGCUUGGGAGGUUUCUACCAUUCUCAUCGGCUUGCUCUCCUUUAUGACGAGCGAGGAGAUGACCACCGGAAGCGUGAGCGCAUCGGAGGCAGAGCGACGAGUGCUGGCGGCGCGGUCUAGGUGGUGGAAUUCUACUGGUGGCGGUUCCCAUGUCAGCGCGACCCCAGGCGUGACCCCUACUGCCAAGGGUAUCAACAAUGUGAAAGCUGGAGACGGCGGUCUAAAGUUUCGCUUGGAGUGGCCAGAGCUUGACCAAGAAAAUUGGAGGUGGAUGAAGGAUAGUCGCAUCGACACCAACACUGGUCAGCUCAUGCCUGAUCCUAGUGCGACUAGAUGCUCUCCAGAGACAAGUGCGCUUCGCCGACGACCGAAUGGUAGCACUCCGGGACUCGGCGCGGUGAUGGAAGGCGGCCAUGUCGCCCGAGAAGCAGGCCAAAGCUGGGUCCGCCGCAACAAGAUCUGGCUUGGGUUUGCAAUUCUAUUCGGAUAUGCACUUCUGACCAGGCUGCAUAACUCUCAAGCAAAGCCCGCGCCCGCGGCUCCGCACCCUGUGCCAUCUUCAGACGCCUCUCCUCCCCCAGGAUGUCCCAUGCACGCAUCUAACACCACACCGGCAAUGCCAGCCCCGUCACCCGCCUCCGAACCUCCCAGUGCCUGUCCGGUCCGGUCUACAGAUUCCCCGUUCUAUGUGCCUCCGAAGUCCAAGUCCCCGGAGUCGCAGCCUCCCUCGAACCCAGCUCCCAGCUCCGAUUCGCGAUCUACGCUGUCAAAGCUGAACCCUCUCAACUACAUGUUCGCCUCGAUCUCCCAGGAAAGGGCGCCCAACCAGACUGUGGAUCUCCCCGUGGAGCGAGAAGUUUCGUCUAUCCCCAGAUCCGAUAUGAAUGAGAACUGGGAAUAUCCUUCCCCCCAGCAGAUGUACAACGCCAUGUUGCGCAAAGGUUACACCGAUACCCCGCAGGACGCCGUCGAGGCCAUGGUUGCUGUUCACAACUUCUUAAAUGAGGGCGCUUGGGACGAGAUUGUUCGGUGGGAGCGUAUAUUCUCCAAGGGCUUGGCAGAUGGCUGGGAGAAAUGUCGUCGCGGAGAGGAGAACAUUGCGAUGGACGAGUUUAAGGAGCAGAUGUCCAGGGCUCCCAAGCAGGAUGUUCCUCCACCGCGACUCAUCCGAUUCCAGGGUCGCCCGCACGACCUAACGCCCAAGGCACGGAUCCUUCAGGCUUUGGGCUGGGUGUAUCCUGCCAAGUUCGAAUCAAACCCACCCUUCGAUCGCCACGAUUGGUUUGUAAUGCGGCAGACGCCAUCCGGCCCUAAGGAAGUACGUUAUGUUAUUGACUACUAUUCCGGUCCUCCCGAACCCACCGGAGAGCCUGUUUUCUACUUGGAUAUCCGACCGGCCCUGGACACCCCAACUGCCGCCGUUGAGCGACUAAUGAGAUGGGGAGGGGAUGUCUGGUGGCGUGCCAGUGGCGCCUCCGUUCGGGAAAACUAACCGACUGGUUGGUUGAUCUAUCAAUCAGUUGAUUAUUGUUAGCAUCGCAUAGCCGCAAUCUUCGUCGACACCGUUCAGCAGGAUCUCUUAACACUCUGGGAAGGCGCAGGCGUCUGGUCUCGGUUCUUCGUUCAUUCUCUGGAACCGCCCUGCUAUAGUAUUGAUGUUCUUGUUCGUUCGGAUCACUUGGUUUGCGCGCCCCUCUCUAUUCAUUUCGGCUAUGUCUUUAUUAUAACGUCAUGUGGAUGCUGGAGUAUCAGGAAAGUUCGUCGUCAAAUCGGACGACUGGGGUUAUUUCUCUCUAUUGGUUGCAUGCUUUUUCUGGGCUUUUAGUGCCACCCUCUCAGCUCCACUCUCUUCCCUUCAUGUGGAAUUUGUCUUGAUAUUAAUCAUCUUGAUUUGUAAUAUAUAUGAGUUCAUGCUGCCAUCAAAUCGUGGGCGGUGAUAUGGAAGGUACAAUCCGUUUUUGUAAAUAUCUAUCGUAAUGCUGU